AACAACACUAUCCUACUGUACGAUUGCAUCACCGGGACAAUGUAAAAAGACUGGAUACCAAAGUGCACCAGGAAGUGUUUCAGCUUCCUACCAGGAACAGCAUAUUUCAUUUGUUUUUCUUUGACGAACGAAAAAAAUGAAGCUGGCCAUUCUAGGCGCUACUGGUCAGACAGGAUUGUUCUUAGUUAACCAAGCUCUGCAACAAGGGCAUGAAGUGACAGCCCUUGUAAGGAAUGUCAGCAAAAUCACCAUACAACAUGAGAAUUUAAAGGUAGUGGAGAGCAAUAUUUUUUCCUCAAACUCAUUAUCUGAGCAUUUCAAGGGGCAGGAUGCUAUCAUGUCUUGCCUGGGGUUUCCAUAUAAAACAUUUUCCUCUAUCAGUGGAUACACUGACUCGAUGGCAGCCAUUGUUACAGCAAUGCGUCAGAGUGGAGUGAAUAAGAUGGUGACAAUGACGUCUUGGUAUACUGGUCCUGGUUCAGGACAAAAUGCUUCAUUUUUUGUGCGAAACUUACUCAUACCUCUUAUUAGAAGUGUCCUUAACAAUAUGUAUGAGAUGGAGCAAUACUUGGAAAAAGAUUGUUCUGAUAUUAAUUGGACUGUUGUACGUCCACCUGGACUGCAGAAUAACCCAGCCACAGAAAAAGAAAUUCUGAUACAUGAAGGUUUUUUUGUUCCUGAUGACAAAGGUAAUGCAGUAACAAAUACAGUAGCUCGUGGAGAUGUUGCACGCUUCAUGCUCUCUGUCCUUAAUGAUGCGCAAUGGACAAGGAAAAUAAUUGCAAUGUGUUGUAAAGACUAAACCACAAUAAAGUCACAUAUAACCCA